UAAAAAUAAUGUAAAUUAUAAUAAAUAAAAAUUAAAAAUAAAUUAAAUGUAUAACUUUUUUUACGUUUUUUGGGAGUUUUUUCUAUAUUUUAAAUGGUAUUUACAGGUAUUUUCCAGAGGAAUACCCGGCAAAAACCAUGUUAAUUUGUCGGUAUUCCGGAGGUUUUCCUCGGCAACUUCGAAUUCCUCGCCACGAACACCUGUUGUAUGGAAAUUUCUCGCUGUUUGAAAGAAAAAUACUAAAGCCAUAAUGCAAUUUUUGAUACAUUUUCAUAUACACAUGCGCAGCUAUUAUUUGUUUACGUUUCCUGUAGUUGUCAAUGGCAGCGCAACGUAUCAUAGGGAAGUAUAAAAUUUUUACAAUUGCGUUAAGAUGGAAGAACUUAAAAAAGCUGGUGUGUUUAUAGAUGAAAUCUACACCGUGCGAGUUGAGCAUCCAAACCUUUCCAGUAGCAAAAUAAAGUUUAAACAAGAAUGCUUUAAAUACAACAAAGCAUUCACCAAUUUUAAAAAGUUUGUGAUUAAUUAUUGUAAUAUAUCUACAAUCUUUGCUAAAGAUGUCGAUAAGGAAAAACUGCGCGCUAUUGGUACACAAAAUCAAUUAAAAACGGCAUUUAUUCAGCGCCAGAGUAAGCAGCAAGUCUAUCAAUAUGAGAUAUUUGAGCAAACAGUAGAACUUGAUCGCUUAAAAGGCGAAUUGCAGUUUUUACAGCGAAUUGAAACUGAACAACAAGAAAUUAUGAACAGUUUUUUUGUCAAUCAAUAUUAA